AACUACCAUUUCUAUCCAUGAAUAAUCGAAACUAACUUUGUACCUAUAAAAGAUGAAAAAUUAUCAUUUUUACACAUAAAAGUUCGUAAUAUUGACAAAUCUACACAUGAAUAAAUUAGCGCUUUGGUACUUUAAUCAUAUAGAAACCAUCUUUCCUGGGUACAAAACUAGCUUCGUUUAUUCAUGGUUAAAAUUGUUGUAUUAAAGUUUCAUCAUUAAAAAUGAGAGUUUACUCUAGAUAUAUUGGAUUUUUUUACCAAAUUUAGAGCAGCUCAAAAGCCAAACCCACAACUUUAAUCCUAAAAAUAACAAACAUGUUUCGCUGUAAAAUAAGUUGGUAAAAUUGCAAAGAAAUCAAUUAAAAUAAAGGCAGAAAAAAAAAAAGCAAAAGACGAUCGAAACAAGGAUUUAGCUGUCCAAUAUGACAAAUCGGGAAAGGCACUCCAAGUCCAUCACAAAAUCCAAAAAGGAACUAUUGAGUUAUUUAACUAUUUCCUCUUUUACAAAACUCUGCAUGGAUUGUUGUGAAAAAUUCAAAAAUGGAAGUAGGGACUAUUCAACAUUAGCCUCCCUAAUGUUCCAAGCAUGGCUUAGCUAGCCACCAUUGCCAACUGCCAAUUCUGAAGUAGCUGUUUGGGAAAAAGACCACUCCUGUUGAUGCAGUUCAAGUUUUCAUUGUUACAUUUAAGUUCCACACAACCAAUUCCAACUUAGUCCCCUUCAAAUUAAUCAUGUCAUGGUCCUCACGUAUGGUACUACUACUAACACAUUAUUAUCUCUCAUCUUAUCUUGGUCUUCUCUUCUUGUAUUAAUAUGCCAAUUAGUGUAACUGCUUGAAUUUAUUCUUUGAGGCUAACACAAAGUGGUCCCCUUGAGUGGCAAAAAUCAAUUUUCAAGUAAGAAAACUAAAAAGCAGGAAAAGUGGCUAAAGUGAUCACAGGAAUUGUGGGGCGGGUUUCUCUUUUGAAAAACAUAUUAAAACAAAAAAGAAAAUGAAAGAAAAGAAAACCAUAGCAGUAUGAAACCCACGUUCCUAUUUAACAGCUUAACCGUCCCACUAACUGCUAGAAGAAUCUAACCCCACAACCUUGCACUUUACUUCAGUUUUGGUUCUCUUUUUUGUUCCUUCUCUUCAGUACUACAAACUGGUAAACCUUAACCCAAAGAAGAACCAAGAGAACCAUCUUGACAACAAAGGAUGAAGUGGGGUGGAAGAAAAUCAUCACCAGCUUCUUCUUCUAAUAGUAUUAAUAAUAAUACUAAGCAUUCUUUCAUCUCUCAAGUGUCUCCUUUUUCAUGGCUGUCCAAGUUCAAGCAGAUGAGGAUUAACUCGGAGCGAAAGCCGGGGCAGAAUGCAAAGCAGAAUUCUGUUCCAUCUUAUGGUUCAGCACCAAAGGAUGCAUGUGGGAAUAGAGGUAGGUUUUAUGGAGGGGAAGAUGAUGCCUUCUGGAGACUCUCAUUUGGUGAAGAGAGUCAUGAGCAUAACAAGAGUAGUGAAGAUAUCUUGAAAUCAACACUGCACAAUUUGGAUGGUGAUCAUGCCAAUGAUGUCAUUCAGUCCUCAGCACAAUUUGGACCGAGUGAUAAAAGACAUGGAAGAAGAGAUGCUAGUCUGAGGUUCAAGCAGAAGGAUAUUGGAAUGGGAGAGGAAAGAAAGUUGCCAAGUGAGAAUGAGUGUGAUCAUGGAGGAAAGGAAUUUGAAUUCUUAAGGAGGAGAUAUGAAAGGAAAGCACAAAAGGUUUUUCAAGAUCAACUCUUGAAACUAGAAAAAGCUGCAGAUAAUCUAGAAUCUGAAUUUGCAUCUAGCAACUCUAAGUCCUUGGAAAAUGAUGUGCUGAAAUCCGAAUCGCCUAGAACGAUUCGAACACCAAGAACAAAUUCGUACAUGUCCUCUGUAAAUUCAAAGAAUUCUGGCCAUGGAAAUAUUAAAGAAGGUGGUGUUAACUCUGGGAAGAAUACUGAAGAGUUGAGAGUGAAGGUUAACAAGAAAAGGCAAUCACUUCAUGUAAGCAAAGAACUUCAGAGGAGGAAGCCAAGGAAUAGUCCAAGGGUAAGAGUGCAUUCUCCGAGGAUGGCUUCCAAGGUCGAAAUCUGCAAAAUAAAGGCCAUAGAAGACAUGAAGAAAGCAAAACUAAAGAUGAAGAAAGAGGAGGAAAUUUCAGAGGAAACGGCAGGCGUAGACAGCUUUGCUGUGGUGAAAUGCUCAAUGGAUCCGCAACAAGACUUCAGAGAUUCGAUGAUGGAGAUGAUCGUGCAGAGGAAGAUCAGCAGGCCAGAAGAAAUGGAGGAGCUGUUGGCAUGUUAUCUCACACUGAAUUCUAGUGAGUAUCAUGAUAUCAUCAUCAAGGUUUUCAGGGAGGUGUGGUUAUAUGUGAACAAGGUUUGUUGUCUUAAAUCAGAAGCAAUGCAGUUGCAAUGAUCAACAAUUGCUGCUUUAUUUAUAGGGGAACUUAGAAGAAAUGUGUAUAGUUAUUCUAACUCUACAAACAUUUCUUU